GUUAGGGGGCUGUGUACACAGGCUCAAAUGCCCCUCCAGGAAGAGAAGACAAGGUCAUGGGGUUGGAGAACUUACAACUGGGAUUGAUUUGAGGCUUGGCAUUGACAUUUCUUGCCACAUCUCCUGACAGAUAACCUUGCCCAAACUGAUCACUUUGGCAUGUUACCCCAGUGACAUCUCGGCCAUUGUGCCCCUGAAUAAGGCAGCCACGGAAAAGGCUCUGAAGGUCUUCUCCCAGGGCGAGGAUCCCAAGCUUAGCGACUUUGACCUCAUGCCUGCCGAGGUCAUCUUACCACAGAGACUCCUCACUCGACUUGUGUUGUUUUCCCAGAAGCCUUACAGGGUAAAGGAGCUGGGUGCAAGUUCUCUAAGGCUACUUCAUGCCCUGCACCCCGUUAUCCACUCCAAUGUGGGCCAGCUGUGGAACCAGGCCAUCCCAAUGAUGUUGAAGAUCCUGGAAGACCACUCUGAGGAGGACCUGAGUCAGAAGGAAUGGGAGGACAGGCUGUUCCAGUUUUUAAGUCAGUCUUUAGUGGCCAUUGAUGAUGACAACUGGCUGCAGCAGCUGGUCAGAGUCGUGUUGAAGAUGAUAACUUCCUUCAAUGAUGAUGGAGACAGAGACGACAAGGCUUUCCUGUAUAAAUUCUUUGGCUUCUCCCUGCGGACCUCAAUGAAUGAGGAAGUGAUCAAGAUGUUGCUGUCUGCCCUGCUCCACACUUCCCAUGAGGAGCUGCAGGACAGGGAGGUGAGGCAGAGUGCACUGGCAGAGGGGGAGCAUUUUCAGUUUGAGAGGCAGGCUGGCAAGAUCCUCAGAGCACCCAUCACCAUCCUGGGCAGCAGCAGUGACUCUCCAAGCCCAAGGUGCAAGCACUAUCAAUGGGGAGAUGACACGUACAGGAAGGAGAUAGCUAACUACACGGAAUGGCCUACUAAAGGCUACGUGACGUGA